AUGGAAUUUAGUUUUAAGAGAUUCAAUAGUCAGGGAAGUAUCGCUAGUUAUGUGUGCACGGCCUGUCGAGCGCUGAAGGACAGAGCUCCACGGCUAUAUGGGGUUGUGCCCACUGUUCGGGUACAAAACGGGUAUUUUAUUAGCGAUCCCACAUGUACCGAGCAUCCACAUUUUUGUGAACCUCGAAAUUAUCCGCGGUCAAUGAUGAGGAGAGAGAUUAUUGCCAAAUUUAAUCAAAUUCGAGAAAAUCUCGAUGAUGCUGGCACUCCCGAGGAAGUCGAAGAGGACCUGCUGCAGGCAAUCAAUAAACCUGAAUAUGGUAAGUCUUUAGGAACAUCUUAA